AUGCAGAUCGUUAAAGAAGUGCGUGAUGCCCCCAAAGAUAUCAAAUUAUUAUGGUUGUCAGUAUUCUUGAGAUUGUUAGCAUAUGGAUUAACGAAUCAAGUGUUAACUCUCUUCUUAAGAGCCAUCGAUAUGACUGAAGACAAAAUAGGUAUAUUCAUGUCACUAACGCUGGUAGGUGAUGUCUUUUGCUCAUAUAUAUUAACAUGGUAUGCAGAUUCAUGGGGCAGAAGGAACGUUCUAAUAUAUGGGUCCAUUAUGAUGAUGUUAAGUGGGUUAGUUUUCAAUUAUUUUGAAAACUUCUAUAUAUUAUUGACCUUUGCCAUAUUCGGCGUCAUUUCUCCAUCAAGUGAUGAAGUCGGACCAUUCAAAUCUAUUGAAGAAUCAAUGAUUGCUCAUUUAUCUCCGAUGAAUAGAAGACCCGAGAUUUAUGCCAUGCAUGCAUUAGUAGGUACCAUGGGAAGUGCUCUUGGUGCAAUAUCUUGUGGGAUUUUCAUCGAUCUUUUAAAGAAAAUGACUUGGGCUACUUCAGAUUUACAGUGUUAUAAAUUGGUAUUCCUCUUAUAUGCAUUAUUUGCAUCAGGGAAAGUCAUUGUAAUGCUCUUAUUAUCAGAAAAGACAGAAUUAGAUGGUCGUUUCCAUGAUCAUAUCGAAGACGAACAUUUAGCAGAAGCUAUAGUAAAUGAUGAAAUGGUGCCAUUAAUAGAACAACUUAGUCAUCCAAAUCAAAAAUCAAAUAAACUGUCACAAGAAACUGUGUCUGUUUUGGUUAAAUUAUUAGUUAUUUUCAUGGUGGAUUCCUUAGGUAGUGGAUUUAUGACAAGUGGAUGGAUGGUUUAUUAUUAUAAGAAUACAUUUGCCAUGUCAGCUGUAGGAUUAGGAAUGACGUUCUUUGUAUCUCAAUUCGUAAUGGCUUCCUCCACUAUCCCAUCAUCUAUCAUUGCAAGAAUGUUUGGACCAGUAAGAGCUACUUUAUUAGUGCAAAUACCAUCCGGUAUAUUUUCCAUUUUGAUUCCAUUCGCUGAGUCAUAUUUACCUAUUUCUAUCUUAUUAUUGAAUUGUCAUUUCUUAACGACUGCUAUGGAUGUCACACCAAGACAAAUAUUAUUAACAAACAUUAUUAAACCUAAAGAUCUGACAAAAGUAAUGGGUAUCGUGAACAUCGGGAAGACUUUCUCCCGUUGUAUUGGCCCCAUUUUCACUGGUAUCUUAGCAAAAAUGAACUAUUUGUGGCUUUGUUAUAUUAUUAGUGGUUCCCUAGUCAUUACAGCUGAUUUCAUCUUAGCCUGUUGGUUUUUGCCCAUCGAUGCCCAAAUCUUAAAACAAGUCAACCAACAAUAA